AUGUCAGUCGCCGGCGAGAUUGCUACCAUCGUUGGACUCGUCCAAACUGGUUUCAGCCUUGCGAAAGCUAUCACGGCUUACAUCUCGGACGUGGGCAGCGCCAAAGACGACAUCCUGACCUUGUUGAGCGAUAUUGACGCCACCUGCCGGAGCCUGAGAGACCUGGCAGACAUUAUCAAGAGGAACGAAACGAGAAGAGUUUGGUCUGAAGAUGGCCUUGAGAACGCCAAGAAAUGCGUCCGCGAUUCGCAAAGAGUCAUCACCAAGAUGAGAAAGUUGUUGACCAAAGCUACGGCAUCCGGCGCAGCUCCAGAAGUGACCAAGGAAGAUAUCGAUGUGACAAAGUUCGAGAGGUCCAAAUGGCCGCUCCUCAAACCCGAGCUGGAAGUGCGACGGCAAGAGUUGCAAAUCAUCAAACAAGACAUCAUCUUGUGUUACACUACUUACCAGGCGAAAGCUGCUGACACGCCGGACGACCGACAACGUGCAGCGGAUGAUCUCCCACGCCUCGAACGGAUGAGAAAACUGAUGAAGGGCCAAAUUAUUGAUGCAAAGAAACGACGCACCCGCUCUCGAUUCGCCAAAGACUCGAAACAUGGUGGUCCCUACGCACGGAUCAGAGAUCAGCACGAUGAUAUCCUCGAUCCACAAGCGUACAGUCGUAGAAGCUACUCUGACGACGGGAGCGUGGACGACGCACUUGAUGAAUUUAUAUACAACAACAUAGAUGAUCUCAUCCAAGAUUUUGAGGACUGGGCGAAGGGAAAGGAGGAGAAACGGAAAAGGGCAGAAGAAGAGACCAAAAGAAUACAGGACAGAGCGGUCGAGGACUGGAAACGGCAGCAGAGGGAAGAAGCUGAGCGGCUGCGGAAACAGACCGAGGAGGCCCGGGAAAAGCUCAGAACGGAGCUCAACCGGCAACAGCUGGCACCGGCCAAGAUCGAAGAUACCCUGAACAAUGUUCACCCAUGGCCCCAAGCAUUGGGAACCCUUGCCUUGUUGCCGCCACCCGACCAGGACAAAAAGUCGGACGCAGAUGCCGACUCGACACAAUCAGGGAACAACCGAAAGUCAAGAGGUCAAUCGAUCUGGUCGAGGGUAAGCACCAGGCGAUCCUCAAACGAUGCCAAUAUCGACACAAGCCAACGUCAUCCUAAGAUACCGGAGUUCCUUCGUGAUCCAUUUGCGUCAGGCGGAGUGGCCGAGUUGAAGGCAUUCUUCUACUCACGAAUUCACUUAUCAUCCGGCUCGGCUAUCAGCCCAAUCAAUGUGGAGAUUCCGUCGCAGUGGCUCCUGAAUGCUCUCAUUGCGAAAGAGGAAAAGUAUUUAAAAGACCCAAAAGGCAAUUCAUUCUGGAAAGAAUUUGCGCAGCUACCAGAUGACUACCGAUACGCGAUCAACCGUCACGUCGACUCUUGGCAAGAAUCGUCCAAAACCCAGGGCUCUUGGGUCCUGAUAUAUAUCGAAUGUUUGAGGAUGGAACAAAAAUAUGCCAGGCUCCUACGGAACAGACCAGACGAGAUCACAGGAAUCUAUGUCGUGCUCAAAAGAGUAUCUGGAAGCAUGCAAGCGCGGUUGGCCGACGCCACACACCACGCCGCGGGAGACGGUGGCUCUGUUGCGUCCGAUAGGUCUCGUGAGUCUACACGGCUCAAUGUUGUGGAAUCCCGCAGUGACAUUGACGAUGAUGCUUUCAAACCCGCUCUCCAUAGAGCAUCGGUAAUACGGCGUGAUCACAGCACACAGUCGCAGCCCAGGUCAAGGUCAAGGUCAAGGUCAAGAUCAUAUUCCUACGGGAGAGAUCCUUCUAUCAUCGCGAAGAGAGCUUCCUUUAUUGAUGGCCAGGAUAGGUAUGAUGAAGAUGACGAUUAUGGUGAUGUGGUGAUUGAACCAGUUGAAGUGAGGGUGGAAGGGCCUCGAUCUAGGUCACGAAGAAGAGAUUCCACUUCCUUCCACGAGCGCGAGAUUGUCGACAAUAUUAUUAGGCUACCGCCACCGCCGCAGAAUUACGGGUAUAGCAAUGAACCCCGGUACGUGCCUGAAGGGGUAUUUCGAGGACCGCCACUUCUCCGCGAAAGAGAGGGGGUGAUCUACCCAGGUGGACCAACUCGUUCGCCGCCCCCCGAUGAACCCUACAUGCAUCCACCACCACCAUCAUCACCAUCACCACCACCCGAUACUCCUUACCGAUACAAACAGCGUCCCGGAGCGAGGCUCCUAGAAAUCGACUAUUACGGGCCGCAACCCGACGGUGUGUCUGUCAAUAACCCCUCUCGUCCCUCUCCACCGCGUCGCUCGGCCUCGGGUUCCGACAAUGAUCGCCGUGCACGCAUCUCCAGUCAGCCGCCAACCAUCAUUAACAACUUUGAGAGACCUCCUCCUCCUCCUCCUCCGUGGCCACGGGGGCGGGAGCGCGCGGUCGUGCGCGAAGAGAUGAUAGUCCCAUGGUACGAAAGUCCACGGUCAAGGUCACGUCAUCGAGUCAGAGAAAGAGAGGUAGACCGUGACGAGAUCAUCAUCCGUCGAGAGGAGAGAGAAGCCGGGCGACUCCCACCUCCGCGUCGCCGCUCUUACGACUUGAGGGAGCGCCCAUCGCGCAGCAGCACCCUCGACUCCGUGGACUCGGCAGGAUCAGAGAAGCGUGCUCGCUACCACAGGGGCGGCUACUCGGCUGGACCAGCUCUGCGCCACACCUCGGCAAUAGGGAAGGAUGACUUCCUUGUCGACGACAUGUACCACGCCUCUAGCCACUCACACCACCACCACCAUAGGGCCCCGCUUAGCCCCGUCCGCGAAGGCACAAACGACAACGAUGAAGAUGAAGAUGACGACCUUGCAACCCACUCCUCGUCGACGGCAUCAUCAGUGUCGUCCAGCAGCGACGAAUCCGGCGCAGGCCCAGGUAAGAGGGGAGACAAGCGCCCGGAUGCCGCCCGAGAUGAGACGGAAAAAAGCGAUGCAGACAUUGCGAGGGAGAUACUCGCGCGGCUAACCACGGACACAGAACCCAAUGGCGUGGCAGCAGGCGGGGAAGCAGGCUUGAGUCCAGAACAGCACGCACAUGGCAGCGAGGAAGGGGAGAGUUCGGCCACUAGAGCGGCGUCAUCGCAGUCGCAGUCGCAGCAGCAGCAGCAGCAGCAGUCGACAACAGGCAUCUUGGGCGUUGGUAUGUCGGAAGAACCUGCUGCUCACCAGGAUUAG